UGCUUAAUUUUAGCUGUUUACUUGUUUUCUGACGUUUAUUAAAGCUUGGAAAGUGAGAAGAGAAGAGAAAAUGGCAGGGCAAGUGAUCAUCUGUUCCAACCUCACCGACUGGGAAAACCAUAUGAAUUCUGGCAAGGUGAUGGCCUUCUUCACGGCUCCAUGGAGUGGGCCAGCGCACAAGCUAUCCCCGACAGUGAGGGAUUUGGCAAUGGAGUACCCCAGUGUCAAAGUACUCCAGCUGGACAUGCGACACUUCGAGUCUCUUGCUAAUGCAAUGAAAGUGGAAGCAGCUCCGGCUUUCUUGUUCAUGAAGGAUGGGAAACAGAUAACUAAGCUUGAUUAUGCAAAGCCAGAACAGCUUUAUGAUACAAUGGAACAAUUGCAUGCAAUGUAGGGGCUACAUAAAUCGAUCUCAUCAGAUCAUACUAUUUGGGGGGUUUUGUGUUUUUCUUGUGUGAGAGGGAAUAGUACGUUUCAAUAAUGUGUUUUGUUUGAGUGAGAGCAAGCAACAACGUGCAUAGUUA